AUAUAAAUGAAAACUUAUUUAUUUGCCUUCAGCAAAUGUUUUUUAGAAUUUUCAUACAAACAAUGCGAUUCCUGUUUUUUAUAGUUGGGACAUUUGUGUUUAUUAGCACUGCGCAUGCUGAAGAAUCUGCAGAAAUUUUAUUACAUAACAACGAUUCCUUCCCUAUGUUCAGCGUAGUCAAAAACUGGACGUUGAUCUGUGAAGAACUUUGUAGCUUGGAUCUUUCAGGUCCCAUUUGUGGACCUGACUGCCCUCAGUCAGCAGUAAACUCGCUCAAAGGUGAAUCUUCAGAAGCCAUUAAUCGAAAGGAUAACGAUUUCUUUCAAAAACAUCAGAAAGAGUUGUGUAAAACUUUAUGCGACAAUGGAUUAGGUGGAAAUCGUUGCGAUUGUUUAUUAAAAAUUAUUCCGGCGGCAUCACAUACAACUCCUCGAAAGAAACCAGAUCGAAGAGAAAUUUGUUUGGAUUUUUGUCGCUUCCAUCACUUUACGUUGCGCGGUUGUUCACAAUGUCCUUUUGAGAAUAAAAACACCAACAGGAACAGAAUAAAACCUUCUGGGAUUGAUGAAGAUUUAUCUGAGGGUAAGCCACAGAAGAGUCAACAAGUCAUGAAAAACGACUCUCCUUUAGCACCGCAAAUUAUAACAUUGCCCACUUUCGAAACCUUUGUUGACUUAUCGAUUCAAGCUGCAUCAACGGUCGCUCCAACAACACCCGACUGGUCUCUGGAUCGCUGUGCAAAAAAGGAACAGGUGGCAUAUUAUGUAAUUGUGAUCUAGCUCCGUUUUAAAAUUUAACGGAGCUUCAACUUGUCACAUUAAUAUCAAUUAAACUCAAUGUCAAUUUUAAAAGCAUUUUAUGCAUCAUUCAUAAGACUUUCUUAAGAGAGUGAGUCUUUGAAUAUCAGUGUUAUAACUUGCUUUUUAAAGCGUAAUUGUUUGGUUCUCUGUUGUGUCAAAUGUGUAUCAUACUCUGCUAGAAGGAAUGUUAAUUCUUAAUCUGCAAAUAAUUUCACUAACAUCUGAAGGAAAAAAACGGAAUAAAAUUUUUUUUUUUCUCCAUCGAAAUUGUAUCAUUAAAAAGAAAAACGGUCCUUUCUGAGUAGAGCUAUGAAUAUAAUUAAAAAAAGAAAAAAAAUCUCUUAAAUAAUUUUGUUUCCGAAACUUAUCAAUUUGUCUGUAAAUAAUCUUUCGCAAAAGUGGAACUUGUAAUUCAUUUUCCACAGAGUAACAUCACAAAGGGCUUCCAAAAAUUGAUAGAAUGAAAAAGUCGAGAAACUAAUAAAUCUAUGGAAUGAAAAACAUCACUUAAUGCGACUGUCGUAAAGAUAAUUCGCAAUAAAAAGCGUGAGUGAUAAUAAAAUGAAAUCUGAAAAUUUCUUUUAGUAGCGCUACCUGUUGACGAGGAAAAUUAAUUGAAAGACAAUUUCCUCCCGAAACAUGAAACGAAUUGAUUGAUUAAUCAAAUGAAAAAACUCUCCACAAAUAUCUUACUAAACAUCGAUCAAGGAAUUAAUCAGUUAGUCGAACACUUUCCAUAGGAAAAUGUCUAUGUUUAAAUUUUUCCUUCGCCACAUUUUUAUUUCAUGAAAAUAUGCUUUCAAUAAAAAUAUUCGGAAACAAAUGAUAUAUACUGUAACUCCCAUUAUAUCCCCAUUCAAUUUAUCGUUAAGAGUCAUGAGUAGUUUUAAGAAAACAUGAAAAAUAAACUUUCGCUGUGGAAGACAAUAAAUAAUGCAAGUUGGUAAAACAACUUGCAAAAAUCGUAAACCACUUAAUAUAAGGAGAAAAUGAAAUCAAUUAAUGGACAAAUGAUAAAAGAAAAUAUCUGAAAACACAUAAAUGUUACUCCAAAUGUUUAUAAAUGUGUAAAUGAUAGUGUAGUCUGUUAAAACAUAUCUAGUAAUCUUUGAUUGUAUCUAAUGGAAACCACAAUGUUUUGGAAGACUCGUAAAAGCAAGCAUUUAAUUUCAAAUUAUUAGCAUAAGAAAGCUCAUUUAUUUAUGAUUUCCUGAAAAUCUCAAUUUUAUUUAAAAAUUUUAAUCAAAGAUUAUAUAUUGACAUUACUGGCAAAUAUAAAAAUCAUAAAUAUCUACCUACAUAACAAAAAAUCAUCUAUAAAAUUCGUUAUCGACAGUAAAAUAUUUGAAACCAAAAAAACACAAAACAAAUUAUCUUCAAAAAGCUUAUUAACAAAAACACUGUGAAUGUGAUGUGCAAUAAAAAAUACUUGAAAUAAAACUAAGGGAAAGAAGAGCACAAAACA